CGCCCCAGCACACUCCCCUUUCUGCUGCCUCAUAUUUGAGUCGAAAGCGACAUCGGCUGCAAGAUUCCAAGGCUUCUGCACCGGUAAAUUAGACUGACAAUGAGCGCAAAAUCGACACGCAGCGGCUCAAAGAGGACAGUGAGCGAUGCGAGAAAGAGGAAACGCAAGACUAGGAGCCGAAAGAGAUCUGGCGCUGCAUCGAGGACCAAUGACACGGCAGCAGAGGCUGCCGAGAGCAGCGAUAGCAGCGAUGAAGAGGAACAGAAUAAGCCGAAGAGCGGUCUUGGUGCUCUGACAGAGGCGUCAAGAGAAGUCAGAGGCGUCAAAAGUAGCGAGGUGGCUCGGAGGCAGAACGCGGACGACGAUUCAUCCUCCUCCUCCUCCUCCUCCUCCUCCUCCUCCUCCUCCUCCUCGUCGGACAGCGACUCUGACAGCGAUCACAUCACGAGUAAGCCCAAACGGCGGAGAACGCGCAAGAGAAAGGUUGGGAAGAACGUGCUUGGGCCAUCCGCCGGUGAAGCGCCCGCUCCUGCCUCUCUUCCAGCAUCGACACUUGAAGCUCCAGCGUCUGACGAUAAGCAGCACGCCGCGAUUGCGAAUGCUUCCGCAGCUGCAGCAGCUCAUAACAUGGAGAAACCCGACUGUCCUGAUCCUAAGCAUGAUGCGAGACUGGGAGAAAGCGCAAAGGCAUCCUUGAUGUAUGCGCAUCAGUACUUCUACGACAAACCCAAUUGGAAAUUUUCCAAGGCUCGUCAGACGUGGCUUCUACGGCAUGUGCUCUCGCUGUCAUCCACCGACGCCAUCAUCAAUGCAAAUGAAGGCCCACACCCAUCUCCUGUUGCAGCACCUAAAACCACGGAGCAAGCUGAAGAGCCAGGUCAAUCCGAUCACCUGAAAUCAUCGGCUUUUCCCGACGAAUAUGUGCAUUUGGUCGGCGGCUACCUGAGCACUAUGCAAGGAGCAGGCAAGCAGAGGCUGACAGAUGUUCUUCGCCAAGCCCUUUUGGCUCCAGCAGCACGCACAGGAGGUCAAGACAAUCCCGUGUCAGAAUCUAAUCAGGCACCCGUUCCAGCCAGCACGGCCUUCGGAUCGAUGGCCGUAGCACAAGAGCGAGCUGCUGAAGGAGCGCCAGAUGCAGCUCUGGUCGAGGGCAGAAGACAAAGGGCAAGAGAAUUACUGGUAGCUAUGGGAGAGGUUGUUUAGAUGCUUUUGACUUGAGCUUCAUCAGGUCAUAGAGGCGAAUGCAAUGCGUGAC